AUGGCAUCGAUUUCACGGAAGCUUGUCAGAAGUGGGGCAUGUCUUCUGAACGCAUCUACCAGAAGAAAUUAUUCACUCCCAGCCGAUCCUCUGGCCAGAUUUAAGGCACUUGCAUCCGCCACCAGCGAACGCCCACGCGUGCUUAUUACUGGUUCUCUUGGACAACUUGGACGUGGGCUUAACACCGUCUACAAAUACAUGUACGGAGAUGGUUGCGUUGUUAUGACCGAUAUCGUGAAAGCUCCUCGUAACGCUGCAGAUGUGUCGAACUACUCCUAUUUGGAUAUUCUUAAUCAAGAAAGUAUCGAACGUAUGGUGGUUGACAAAGGAAUCGACACAAUCGUGCACUAUUCGGCACUUCUCAGUGCAGUAGGAGAGCAAAAUGUCAGUUUAGCCCUGCAAGUAAAUUGCCGUGGAGUGGAGAACGUCCUGGAAGUUGCCAAGAAACAUAACCUCAAGAUAUUGAUCCCAUCCACCAUCGGCGCCUUCGGGCCGACAACUCCUCGUGACAACGUGCCUGACCUCACGAUUCAGUGUCCAACCACCAUUUACGGAGUAUCCAAGGUGUAUGCAGAACGCCUUGGAGAAUACUAUCAUCACAGGUUUGGGGUGGAUUUUCGCAGUCUCCGUUUCCCAGGAAUUAUUUCGGCAACAAAACCAGGAGGAGGAACCACAGACUACGCCAUACAGAUUUUCUACGAUGCUCUAGAAAAAGGACGCCACACAUGUUAUCUUCGACCUGACACAAUGCUCCCGAUGAUGUACGACACGGAUUGCAUGGCAUCUGUUGUUCAGUUUCUGAGCGCUCCCAACGAUUCUCUCACACUUCGCACAUAUAACGUUACCGGUUUCUCGUUCACUCCUGAUCAAAUAGCAAAAGCCAUUAAAAAGGUGUUACCUCACUUUGAGAUCGACUAUAACAUUUGCAAAAUCCGACAAGGGAUCGCGGACUCGUGGCCACGUUCUCUCGACGAUUCUCGAGCGAAGAAAGACUGGGGUUGGCACAUCGAGUACGGAAUGGAUGAGAUGGUCGAAGUCAUGCUUGCUCUGAUCCAGCGAGAUGCUCAUAGUAACGCCUCAACCGACCCGAAUCCAAAAGCAGCACAGCUUUAA